GCGCAUUUCGCUGUUAUGAGUACGGCUUUAAAAAUACGUCGUGUGGUGUGUGGAAUGGGCUAGUUUGUUUUGUUGUCGUUCAGUUAAGGAGAGAGAACGGUAUAUAAAGUAGAGGGAUUAUUGCGGAGUGUUUAAUUUUGUCAACAACAACUCGCAUUUACGUUUCUAGAUUCGUGCUAAGAUAGAAUUUUCGUCUCGUGGGUUGGUGCGGUGUGUAGUGUGUAGAAGCGUGAAUGUCAAGUACAUUGUCCGUUGAUGUCAUGUUCAUAAUCACAACAAUAAAAUUAAUAUAGAAUUCCUGUUUCAUUUUGCAAGUUGUUGGAAGGGCAAAUAAAAUGAAAUGGAGCAUUUUUGAUCUCGCAAAAUUUAAUAUUAGUUACCUAUUCCGGUAAAAACCGAAAAACAAUUAGCUGGACAAUUGGGUUACAAAAUCAGCGAAUAUACAAAGUUGGCGUCGUUCUACAAGAAGAAGACUCAGCUCCAACCUCCAACAGAAAAACCUAGUGCAAGAACAACCUUCUUCGUGUGUUAAACUUCAAAUAAUAUCCAUCCAUUGGUAGCCGGAGGCUCAAGUUAUGAGGUGGGUAGCUCACAUCGAGGGUUGCCCCAAGAGGGUGAAUCAUGCUGCAGUUGCUGUGAAUCAUAAAAUUUAUUCUUUUGGGGGAUAUUCAACUGGCGAGGACUGCAGCGGAUACACUUCUAUGGAUGUCCACGUUUUAAAUACUCACACAAAUAGAUGGGUGAAGCACCCUGUUAGUGAACUCCCAUAUUUCGAAAAUGAUGAUAUCUUACCCUAUAGAAGAUACGGACAUACUGCAAUAGUGUACAAAGAUCAAAUCUAUAUUUGGGGUGGUAGAAACGACAGAGCCUCCUGUUCAGUACUUUUCAAGUUCGACACUUUCUGGCACUGUUGGAUGGCACCAGCAACAACAGGACCUGUUCCUUUAGCCCGGGACGGACACACAGCCUGUGUUUAUAAAAAUUUCAUGUUCAUUUUUGGUGGGUACGAGGAAGAGACUGAUCUAUUUGCCAAGCAAGUAUACUAUUUGGAUUUGGACAAGUUAGAAUGGAAUUAUGCUGUUUGUGGAGGAUAUGAGCCAACACUCAGAGACUUCCACACAACAGUAUGCAUAAAAGACAAAAUUUAUUUGUUUGGAGGCCGAGGAGCAAUGCUAUCUCUAGAUAACAGACCGUUAGAGUCGUACUGCAACCAAGUUUGGUACUUGGACAUGAAAACUUUCAAUUGGCAUAGCUGUAACGCAACUGGAGAUAUCCCUGUGGGCCGACGAAGUAAUGCAGCAUUUGUUCACAAUGAAAAAAUGUACAUAUUUGGUGGUUACAAUGCUGUGCGUGGUAAGCACUACAAUGAUCUGUACAUGUUCGAUCCAGAAACGUUUGUUUGGACCAAGGUGAAUCCGAAAGGCAGAUGGCCUUGUAAAAGAAGGCGGCAGGGAUGUGCAAAAGUUGGAGAUCGGGUCUACAUUUUUGGAGGGACAAGUCCUUUAACUAAUAAAACUCCAGAUGAACAAGAAGAAGUAGGCCUAGAUGGACUAGUCGAUCAUAGUGACAUGUACAUCCUAGAUCUCAACCCUUCCUUGAAGACACUUUCUAUGGUUGCAGUGCGAAAUUACAAUUUAGAUGAUACAGUUUUACCCCAAAGUUUAAGGAGUGAGCUAUCCAAUAUGUACAUACCCAAUAAAAUAACUAUGAGCAGGCCAAACCAUUCAGCAGGUUAAAUACAUCACCGAAUAUUAGUCGUGUAGAUUUUUUGUACAUAAAAUUAUAAGUACCAAGUUUCAAAGCGUAUUGUUAUACCUAGAAGAGCCGUUGUACGAAUUGGUAGAACUUUAGUUUUUUAGACAGCAAUAAAAAAAAGAUUUCUGGAAAAAAUAAGACGAUCAACAGUAACUAAGAAGAUUGGAUAGUUUUGAUUCAAGUUUUUUUUUCAAAUUUUUAUGAAGAAUAAUUGUGCGUUUGCUGGUUUUAGAGAGUUUCUGUCAAAAGCUUAGUCCUAAUUUUUGGGAUAAAUUCCUCAAAAACUCGGUAGAGUAAAACUAAAAUGGCCUAGAUGCUUUACAUGUAUUUUUGUUAUACAGGAUAAUACAAUAAAAAGUGGGCACUCAGCUGUAUGCUUUUCGGGUGUUGUGAACGCAUCAAUUUUGUUCUAAGGAAAUGGACAUGUGAUGUAGGAGAAAAAUUAAAGAGAUCAUUUCAUUUCCGGUUGAAAAUUAUUACAUUCUAUCACAUACUAGAGGGGAUAAAAUUCACCCUUUCAAUUUGAAACUUUAAAGGGGGUGUGACCCAAAAAUAAAAGUUUUAGAAAACCACACACACAACAAAUUGUUCAACCGCACUAGGCUACGGGCAACCGUUGCGAAGAUACGGUGGUAUAAAGUUCCCACUGCUAUGCUAGCGCUGUGACGUCACGUGCACAAACUGAGUCCGCCUUCCGGCGCUUCGCGCGCGUUUGCUCAUGGUUGCUGCAUAUAUUAGCUCUGUUCCAACCGACAUGAGAACCGUUCCAGAACCAGUACUUUCCAGUUGUCCACCUAUUUUUCAAUAAGCUAAAUGUUUAUCCUACUUGAUAAAUGAAUUGCUCGACUGGAAAUUACCGUUCUAAAACGGUUCUCAUGUCGGUUGGAACAGAGCUAUUAGAGACUAUAUUGUAUUGUUUUUGCGAUCUCAUCCCUAUCAAUGCGUCGUAUUCAUGACGUCACGCGAUGAAUAGACAAAGCUUUAUUCAGGCGUAUUAUUUUGAGUAGUGAUGCGAGAUUUUCACAAGCGUUCUUAGAAUUUUUUUUCUUUAUUUUCUGAAUACAAGUUGUAUUUUAAGUUUACACCCCCUUUAAUAGGUAUUGAGGUACAUAAUUUUUAAAGUUGAAAAAUUCUCAUUAUGUAUAAUGAUACCAUUUUUGUUUUUAAUAAACGUAUAACAACCUAAUAAUCCGAAAGAGCUGAAACUGAAUUUCUGAAAAUUAUCCCUCAGCUGGCAGCCACUGCAUCAUAUUGUAUAGUGCGAAAGUAAAGCGUACUGGGUGACCACGAGAUUACUUACCAAGCUUAGACAUGAAAAUCGAUUUUAAAUUUUGGGGAUGUAUAGCAAUUGGAUGUAAUCAUAUCAAUGCAGAAUUUCAGCAUAAAAACAAUUGACAGUCGCUUCCCGUUUGACAGGAAGUGCCAUCAACUUGUUUAUUUAAAUUGGACCAAGCCUUUUAUUAUUACAUCACACCAAAUAUUUUAAAAACAGUACACUUAAAGCCCGGGACACAUCUAUCAUGCAUUCUUCCGAUCCGACUCCGAUCAUUUAAUCAGGGUCCCUAUUCUUGGAACAGGAAGCAGCGUUCCCAGGAGAACGAGUGUUCCGCUGCUCCCCUGUUCCAAGAAUAAGGACCUUGAUUGUAUGAUCGGAGUCGGAUCGGAAGAAUGCAUGAUAGAUGUGUCCCUGGCUUUAGGCAUGGGAAUACAACGUGCGUUUUUAUUCUCACCGAUGUGCUCAUCGAUUUAGCGAAAAUGUCAAUUGACUGUUUUUAUUCUCAUCAGUAAAACAUCGAUGGAUUUCAUCGGUCUGUUUUUAUUCUCAUCUUACACUUAUCGGUGAAAGUACGAUUAGCCAUCGAAUUCAUCGAGGUUCAUUUCCGAUGAACUGAUGAAUUUUAACGUGAAAUCUAACCUCAAAAUUAUGUUGACGGUUGUUGAUGGCCGACUGGCAUCGUUUUGUUUUGCAUUUAUAUUUAUUAUGUGAAGAUUUGCGAAGACCUUAACAAAAAAAAAAGGAAAAGGGGCAUGUUAAAGUGAUCUGAGAGUGUGAAAACCAUACCAAACCUAAGAGCUUUGAGCAUAAGAGCGCCAAAUUACCUAACUUUGUGACAAGUGAGAAAUAUAUCUGAAAUUUCAAAUCAAACUGAUUUGUGAGUUCUUAAAGCUCAGCUAACUGUCUCGGAGAUAAUUUUAUUUCUAAUAUCUUACCUCCACUACAGUCCUGAUAAGUCUAAAAUGAGACUUAACAUCUAAAUCACAAUGCAAAGGAACUACAGAAGAAAUAUAUUAUUAUGUUGUGAAUUGUAAAGAAAUAUAAUUUUGUAUUUUUUUAUGUUUUCUACAAUUCAAGUAAAACUAAUUCCUAUUUCAUCUGAAGAACUUCUAAACUCAUCAUUUGAUGAUGAUGUAGAGCUCACAAUUCUUCUUAAUUAACACUAGACUUCCAAUCAUUGUAUGGUUAUGGUUUGCCAAAUGAUGUUUGCCAAAUCAAACAAACAACACAAACCAAUGUCAAGAGUAUCAAUUCAAGUCUCAGAAUCCAUCGAAGUGUUUUUUAGUUGAUUCAUUUCAUCAACAAAAUUGCGAUGUAUUUUGAUGACGUACUGCUCAUCGGCGCUCAUCGGUGAUGGAAUUCAUCAGGAAAACCCGAUGAGAAUAAAAACGCACGUACAGCUUGGUAAGUAAAGUAAUCUCAUGGUCACCUGUUAUAGGUACAGGGUGUCCGGAAUUCGAGGGCCAACAUGGGGAUAUCGGUAACCUAGAUACGAGGGUGGUUAAAUUAAACAAAAGUUGCGCAUUUAUGUGCCCAACAAAUUUGUUUGUUGUUUUCGAGAUUUUUUGAAAAAACUAAAAUUUUGAUUUUUCGUUUUUAUUUUAAUUUACCCCAUGUAAAGAGCUACAAAGAAAAAAAAGCACUGAGACUAUUUUUUGUGUCCUAUUAAAUGGUGCUACUCGUAUCACAGUUACGGAUAUCCCCAUGUUGGCACUUGAAUUUGAGACACCCUGUACAUAAUCCAGCACAUCACACAAUACAUAACCACUUGGUGUAUAAAUAACUAGUAGAUGCCACGAAACGUUUAAAGUGAGAUUUUUGCAGGUAAAACUAUCACUUUAAACGUUGAUUAUCGUUAAAUCCCCUAAAAAUGGUCGGUGCAAUUUGCCAUAAAUUAUGAUGUAUGUACCUAAUCACUUAUCCAUUGAAAUUUAAAAUUUAAAUAGUAAAUUUCAAAUUCUUUAGAGGUUCCAUAUGUUGUAUGUACACAAGAAAAAUCACUCCUAUUAUCUGAAUUUUCCUAAAGGGACAUAAUCUGCUCAUGUAUUAAUUCAUUGAAGUUAAGAAAUUUGGAUGUUUAAAGUUGCUGCUUCUAUUAUAAUAAUAUGUAUGUGAUUACUUGUUGAGGAUUUGAGGAUACGUUGUGAAACUUGGUCUAAGCAACCAAAAAUUGUUUGUGAUUCCAGUUUUGUAAUUAUAGUAAAUAUGUUUAAGUUUAGCUAAUUGUUCAAUAUAGCUUAUUCGGAUUUAUGAUUUAUGUUGCAAGUAUUCACAUAUUAUAAGGCUUAAAACCUUAUCACCUUAUUGUGCUAUAGAAGAUAUUUUAUUUAAUUUCAUACCAUAUUGUUUUUCCUCAUUGAAAGCUAUUUUUUUUUCAGAUGCCAGUCAUUCUGCCUCCUCUGUGCAAUUUGGGUUUUACUUUAUUCUCAUUUUUAAAUUGUGCGAAAAAUCUUGUGAUUCACUUGUACCUGUAAUGUAUGAUAAAUAUUCACUGGAAUUGUCCAACAAAGCCUUAUGGUAUGAAAAAACUUGUAACAAUGGUCAACUGCAGACAAAUGUGAAUUCAUAUUUAGUGCAAAAACGAGGCAAAAGUCUUUAUCUGCUUAUAUAGGGUGUCCCAGAUAAAAGUAACUACAUGGGGAUUUUGGAAACGUUAAGAGAUACAAUUCUGGUUAAAUGAGAAAAAAGUUGCGCUAUUCCGAGCCCAAUCAGAUGCUUUAUCUCAGCAGUCAUAUUUAAAUUAAUUUGCUUACAAAAUGGCGACGAUAUUUCAAUUUUUUGAAAGACACAAUUUUAAGUUUUUGUUCGAUAUUUUGAAAACCCCUGUAGAUAUUUUCAAUUUCGAUGCAGCAUCUGAUUGAGCUUGGAAUAGCGCAACUUUGUCCCAUUUAGCCAAAAUUGUAUCUCUUACCGUUUCCGAAAUCCCCAUGUAGUACUUUUAUGUAGGAUGUAUUAUUACAGUGACUAGGGUUGAGAUUAAAAAGCUUCUGAACUUAUUUUUAUCCACAUUUUCCACUUAGAAUAUUGAAUUGCGAGUACCUAAUUGUUUUGAUUGUGACCUAAAUUUGUUUUAAAUUGUUUUUUUGUUUUUAAUAAUAAUAUGAUGGGAUGUAAAAAGCUUUCAGAUCCCAAGACUAGUUGCUUUAAUAAUAAAAAAAAGACCCCAAUUUUUGCCAGAAACUUGUUAUUGUAGAGAACUAACAGAAAUGUGAACUUUCUUUUUUGGUUCAGAAAAAUAAUUUUGUUAAUAUGUAUUACCAUUUGAAGAAAUGCCUUCAUUUUAAUAGUUUCGAGUAGCUUCUAGACAAAACUCGUUUCUAAUUGCCUCAAUUUCGGAAUAAAAAUACGUAAUCUAGAUGCUAGUGAUCAUUGUUUGUGUAAAUAAUAUUAUAUUUUUAAUAAAUUUACUUAUAUUCACAGUUAA